UUUGGACACCCCAUUCAUACAAUUCAAGAUUCUUGCUUUGUCUUUCAGUACUUCUCAUAGUUUUCAGCUGAGAAAGUAAAAGAAACAAAGUAGAAAAAAGACAAGAUUUUAAUAAAGGGUGUGCGUCAAGAAUCUUGAUUUUAAGGAGCUGUUAUAUUAAUGGAGAAAACACAUAGAAAUGGGAACUUGGCUUUUGCAGUUAAUGGAGAGAAGUUUGAGUUACCAUGUAUUGAUCCUUCUACAACUUUACUUCAGUUCUUGCGCUCUGAAACUUGUUUCAAGAGUCCUAAGCUUGGUUGUGGUGAAGGUGGUUGUGGGGCUUGUGUUGUUCUGCUAUCGAAGUAUGAUCCCAAGCUUAAAAAGGUCGAAGAUUUUAGCGUGAGUUCGUGCCUUACACUUCUUUGCAGCUUAAAUGGUUGUUCGAUUACUACAAGUGAAGGCCUUGGGAACACAAGAGAUGGUUUCCACUCUAUUCAUGAAAGAUUUGCCGGUUUCCACGCUUCUCAAUGCGGCUUUUGCACUCCUGGCAUGUGUAUGUCGUUUUUCUCGGCUCUUGUCAAUGCUGAAAAAGGAAAGAAACACGAUCCUCCACCGGGAUUCUCUAAUCUUACUUCAUCCGAAGCUGAAAAGGCCAUAUCCGGGAACCUUUGUCGGUGCACUGGAUACCGACCCAUUGCUGAUACCUGCAAGACUUUUGCUGCUGAUGUCGAUAUAGAGGAUUUGGGGUUCAAUUCUUUUUGGAAAAAGGGAGAUUCCAAGGAAACGAAAGUAAGUAAACUACCUCCCUAUGAUCCAACAAAGAAUUUUAGUACAUAUCCUGAGUUCUUGAAAAGCGAAUCUGCCAUGACUUUGGACUCCUCAAGGUACCCUUGGUACAGUCCUGUUUCCAUUGAGGAGCUACAGAGCUUGUUGAACUCCAACUUGACGGAAAAUGGUGUAAGCUUUAAACUAGUCGUUGGUAAUACCAGCACAGGUUAUUAUAAGGAAACUCAACGAUACGAUCAUUAUGUUGACCUCAGGUACAUUCCUGAACUCUCAGUAAUCAAAAGAGAUCAGACAGGCAUUGAAGUUGGAGCAACCGUGACUAUCUCUAAACUUAUUUCAUUCUUGAAAGAGGAAAACAAAGUCAAUGUGGGUCCGCAUGGGCAGUUGGUGUCCCAAAAGCUGGCUUACCACAUGGAAAAGAUUGCUUCGCCAUUUGUUAGAAACUCAGCUAGUGUGGGAGGUAAUUUGGUUAUGGCGCUUGGAGCAACCGUGACUAUCUCUAAACUUAUUUCAUUCUUGAAAGAGGAAAAUAAAGUCAAUGUGGGUCCGCAUGGGCAGUUGGUGUCCCAAAAGCUGGCUUACCACAUGGAAAAGAUUGCUUCGCCAUUUGUUAGAAACUCAGCUAGUGUGGGAGGUAAUUUGGUUAUGGCGCAGAAGAACGGUUUUCCUUCGGAUAUUGCUACAUUAUUUCUCGGGCUUUGCGCUACUGUUAACUUGAUGACCGUUCAUGGACUUGCAAAGCUCACAUGGGAGGAAUUAUUAUCGAGACCACCUCUAGACUCCAGGACUGUGCUUCUAAGUGUUUCGAUCCCAUUUAAGAAAGAUCCAAAUUCUAAACUUUUGUUUGAAACCUAUCGAUCUGCUCCACGACCUCACGGGAAUGCAUUGGCAUAUGUAAAUUCUGCUUUCAGGGCUGAUGUUUCUCUCUGCCAGAACGGCGUCCUGAUAAACGAUAUCCAGUUGGCGUUUGGUGCUUAUGGCACAAAACACACAACAAGGGCCAAAAAGGUAGAGGAAUAUCUAACUGGGAAAAAAUUAAACGUACGUGUUUUGUAGGAAGCACUUAAAUUAGUCAAACUAGCAGUCGUACCGGAAGAUGGCACUUUACACCCUGAAUACAGAUCAAGCUUGGCCGUCAGUUAUGUUUUCGAGUUUCUCUAUCCCUUCACUGAUGUUCUUUCUGCUAUUUCUGGUGGUUCACUCGCUGGAAUUAAUGAUAUCUCGGUUGAGAAAGUUUCCAAAAGUAGUAAUGAUGGUUGCGUUAGUCAGGGGAGAAAACAAACACUACUCUCUUCUGCUAAGCAGGUUGUGGAAUCAAGUACCGAGUACUAUCCAGUAGGUGAACCGAUGAAGAAGGUUGGAGCUGCCAUGCAAGCUGCUGGUGAAGCUGUUUAUGUAGAUGACAUUCCGUCACCACCAAACUGCCUGCAUGGGUUUAUCUACAGUACAAAACCAUUAGCAGCUGUAAAGGGAAUCCACCUUGGGUCUAAUCAGUUAACGGAUGGAGUCACUGAUAUUAUUACUUUUAAAGAUAUCCCAAGUGGAGGGGCAAACGUAGGAGCUAGGUUAGGCUUUGGUCCCGAGCCCUUAUUUGCAGACGACCUCGCCCGAUGCGCUGGAGACAGAAUUGCAGUUGUGGUUGCUGACUGUCAGAGGGAUGCUGAUGUGGCUGCAAGAACGGCCCUCGUUGAAUACGACACUGCAAAUAUAGAUUCUCCCAUUUGAACCGUUGAGGAAACUGUUGAGAAAUCUAGCUUUUUCCAAAUCCCACCAUUUCUAUAUCCAAAACAGGUUGGUGAUUUCUCAAAAGGUAUGGUUGAAGCUGAUCACAAGAUUCUCUCCUCUGAGAUAAGGCUUGGUUCCGAGUACUAUUUUUAUGUGGAGACACAGACUGCCCUUGCUAUUCCAGAUGAAGACAACUGCAUGGUUGUUUAUGCUUCAAGCCAGUCCCCUGAGAACGCGCACCAAGUGAUUGCCAGUUGCCUUGGUGUUCCCGAACACAAUAUCCGUGUAAUUACAAGACGGGUUGGAGGUGGCUUUGGGGGCAAGGCAGAAAGAGCAAUGCCUGUUUCCACAGCCUGUGCACUUGCAGCAUACAAGUUAAGACGACCUGUCAGGAUGUAUGUCAAUCGGAACACUGACAUGAUAGUGACAGGAGGGCGACACCCGAUGAAAGUAACAUACAGUGUAGGAUUCAAGUCGAGUGGAAAGAUCACAGCAUUACAUCUUGAUAUAUUGAUAAAUGCCGGGAUCACGGAAGAUAUAAGCCCCCUUGUACCAUUAAAUGUGAUUAGAGCACUACAAAAAUAUGACUGGGGUGCCUUAUCUUUUGAUGUAAAAGUAUGCAAGACGAAUCUUUCCAGCAAAUCGGCUAUGCGGGCUCCUGGGGAGGUGCAAAGAUCUUAUAUCGCCGAAGUUAUAGUAGAGCAUGUAUCGAGUUUACUGUCAAUGGAGGUGGAUAUUGUAAGAAAUAAAAAUGUUCAUACAUUUGAAAGCCUUAACUUUUUCUAUGAUAACAUUGUAUCAGCAGGAGAAUAUACAUUGCCUAGUAUCAUGGAUAAGUUGGCCAUGUCCUCAAACUUUUUCCAACGAAGCAAGAUGAUAGAACAGUUUAACCAGAAAAACACAUGGAAGAAAAGGGGUAUUUCUCGAGUGCCAAUCGUGUAUGAAGUUAUGCAACGGCCGACCCCAGGAAAAGUCAGUAUUUUGCAAGACGGAUCGAUUGUUGUAGAGGUUGGAGGGGUCGAAAUUGGCCAAGGGCUAUGGACAAAGGUUAAGCAGAUGACUGCCUAUGCUCUCGGUUUAAUCGAAAGUAGUUGGGUCGAAGACCUUGUGGAGAAAGUACGAGUAGUACAAGCAGACACCUUAAGCGUAGUGCAAGGCGGGUUUACGGCGGGAAGCACUACAUCGGAAUCAAGCUGUGAAGCAGUUAGACUUUGCUGUAAUGUCUUGGUUGAAAGACUGACCCCUCUGAAGAAACAGUUGCAGGAACAAAAUGGAUCUGUUGAUUGGCCAAUGCUGAUUCGCCAGGCACAAAUGCAAGCGGUAAACUUAGCAGCAAAUUCUUAUUAUGUACCAGAAUCUGGUUCCAAAAGUUAUUUGAACUUUGGCGCUGCUGUCAGUGAGGUGGAGAUUGACAUUCUAACAGGAGAGACCACCAUUUUUCAGUCGGAUAUUAUUUAUGACUGCGGGCAGAGCUUGAAUCCAGCCGUUGACAUGGGACAGAUUGAGGGGUCUUUUGUUCAAGGAAUUGGAUUUUUCAUGCACGAAGAAUAUCUUACAAAUGAAGACGGGUUGAUGGUCUCGAAUAGCACUUGAACAUACAAGAUCCCAACAAUUGACACCAUACCUCAGAAUUUCAAUGUUCACAUGGUAAACAGUGGACAUCACGAAAAACGUGUUCAUCCAAAGAAGACAUCUGGCGAACCGCCACUGCUUCUGGCAGCUUCGGUCCAUUGUGCAACAAGAUCAGCCAUUAAAGCAGCACGUGACCAGCUUAAACAUUGGGGCAAGCUCGACGGGUCUGUUUCAGAAUUCUAUCUGGACGUCCCCGCCGUAUUACCAGUCGUGAAAACACAGUGUGGCCUGGAUUAUGUGGAGAAGUACUUGGAAACUUUACUGGCUCAAAAAUCUAACUAAAUGUGCUCAAAAUGUUGCUCGGACUCUCCAAAAUGUUGCCAAACUCUGUCUGUUCCUCCAAAAAUGCAUUACUUUUAGAUGACUCGACACGCGGGGGCAUUUUAAAGAGUCCUAGCAACAUAGAUACUAAAUACUUGUAUUUCUUUUGAUCUUCUUAAAGAAUUUGAACUGUCCUGUUUAUAGCAAGUGUGUGAUUUAAAGUUUCUUUGUUAUUCCGUCUAUAUCAAACUCCGUGUAAAUUUAGAUUGUAUAGCAGCAAAAAUGUUGUAUUGAGUCGAAUUGGAGAUUAUCAAUAGAGAAAUAAAGAGGAUUGUGAUGUA